AUGGCUUCUGUCGAGCCCGCGAACUCUGGUGAGCUCUCUGCCGCCCAGAAGCUCAUGCAGAAGCACGCCGAACACGUCCCCCACCCCGUUACCGUUGAGGACGUCCCCGAUGUCGACCUCCCCAAGCCUGUCAACGACGCUUCUGGUUCCUGGGCCGCCCCCAUGACUUCGAACACUGCCAGUAGGCAGAAAGAGAAUCAACCCUCGCUCGACACCCAAUCGCACGAGCUCUUCCCCGAGCUUGGUGCCCCCAAGGGCAAGGCUGCCAACGUCGCCCCUAUCUGGAGUGCCAAGAACGGUGCUCCCAAGCAGAACGGUGCCAACGGUGCUUCUCAUAGCGCCGCUGCUGCCGCUCCUGCUGCCGCUCCUACCUCUGCCAGCCAAGUCCCGCCCCCUGUCAUGUCCAUUCCCGGACGCAAGGUCGAGUCCGUUACGCUUGAGCCUCAGUUCAUCAUGGAACGGAGCAAGCUAAAGAGACCCAUCCCUGAAAUUCUUCGCGACUUGAACCGCAAGUCGCGUGCCAACAUUACCAUGUCUAGUGUUAGCAACGGUCGUGUCAGGUUUGACGCCACUGGUCCUCAGGAUGUAGCUCAACAGGCACUCAAGGAUCUGGUGGCUCUCAUUGGCCGACGAACCGUCAUUGAAGUCCCGAUUCCAUAUGCCGCUCGUGCUCACAUCAUUGGCAAGGGUGGCUCCGUCAUUAAGGCUCUGCAAGAGAAGACUGGCGCCAAGAUUCAGCUCCCCAAGGCAGACGAAAACCAGCAGCCCGACGACGACGAGGACGCCACCAUCAACGUUUCGGUUGAGGGCAAUGCGCUCUCUGCUGCUUCCGCUCGCAACGAGAUCCUCAAGAUUGCCAACGAGCGCUCCGCCGCUGCCCAGACCAAAGUCCGUGGUAUCCCCGCCGCUUUCUACCCCUUCCUCGCUGGUCCUGGCAACUCGCGCGCCCAAGCUCUCGAGGAGGCACACGGUGUUCAAAUCCGAGUCCCUCCCCACCAGCAUCUGAGCCGCGGACCUGCGCCCGUCCCAGCUGCCCCUGGCCAGCGUCCCAUCUUCCACCCCGCUGGCUCCGAUGACGAGCACAUCCAGCUCGCCGGUGAUCGCGCCGCCGUUCAGAACGUUCGCGCCGAACUCGAGAGACAGGUGGCUGAGCUUCACAAGCAGCUGGAAAUUGAACAGCUGUCUAUCCAGAGAGGUCGCCAGCAGUUCAUUAUUGGUAACCGUGGUAUCCCUAUGGAGGAUUUCUUCGCCGAUACUGGCUGCGCCAUCCUCCUUCCCGCUGAUGAUGAUGAGGACGAUCUCAUCACUAUUGUCGGGCCACGUGACCAGGUCCAAGUCGGCGCUGACAAGGCCAUGGAUCUUGCCAUGGGAAUGCAAAUGUCCAACAUUGAUCUCUCCAGAUUCCACCGCACUGCUCCCGGUGGUGCCGCUGCCCAUGCCACCAACAUCACGCGCUACCUUCGCCAGUGCCAAGAGAUCGCCCGACUUGAAAAAAUGUACAGUGCCCACAUCAACACGCCAUUCUCUCAGGACGGCGCUCUGCCUUGGGAGCUCUACUCGCGAGAUGGAAAGAACGCCAUCCGUGCGCAGUCCGAGAUCACUGGCAUCAUCAACGGCCACCCACCUUCUAGAAUGCAAAACGUCACUGUUGAUCCCUUCUUUCACCAGCAUCUGCGAGUCGAUGUUUCUCCCCGCCUGAAGCAGGAGCAUGGCGUGCAGCUGGUCGUUCCAGAAGCUAAUGACCCUAGCGGCUCCGUGCUCCUCGUCUUCGAAGGACCCAGCGGAGUUGAGAGCGGCUACCAGCCUCCUCGCGUAAAGCCCACCGACGCUGAGAUUGCUGAUUUCCAGAGGGGCCUCGCUGACGCACAGAGGUAUAUUCUCGACCUGAUCAACCAGCAGGAGAGUAUUGACAGUGUUGCUCUUGACGUUCCCGCCAAGUUCCACGAGAGGCUUCGCCGCUUCAUUAAGAAGGAGCAGGAGAACCGUGCUGCCGACAAGAUCCCCAUUCGUGUGACAAAGGUUGGCACUACUGUCACCCUGCGCGGUCCUAGUAGUGCGGUCAAAGCCCUUGCCGCCAAGGCUGCUGCAUUCGUCGAACAGGAGAAGCAGGACGACAAGGAACGUGGUUUCACCUUGUCGUUUGACUUUCCUCAGAAGUUUGCCAACCAUCUUAUCGGCAAGGGUGGUAGCAACAUCAAAGAGCUCCGUGACCGCUUUGAUGUCGAAAUUCAGGUACAAGACGGCAAAGUUGAGCUCAAAGGGCCCAAGGCCAAGGCUGAGACUGCCAAAUCCCAUAUCUUGAAUCUGGGCCGCACUCUAGCUGAUGAGACUACCCACACUCUCAAGAUUGAUCCCAAGUACCACCGUGAACUUAUUGGUAAUGCGGGUACUCAGAUCAGCCGCCUUCAGACACGGUACAAGGUUCUCAUCUUUUUCCCUCGCUCCGCCAAGAAUGCCUCCGAUGACCAGUCCAACCCUGACGCCGCCAGCGACGCCGGCAAGGGCCGUCGCCAGCAGGCUCCUGACGAGGUUAUCAUCCGCGGCCCCAAGAAGGGUGCUGACGAGGCCCGUGAUGAGAUCUUUUCUCUUCACAAGUACCUGGAAGAGCACUCUGUGACGGCUACUGUCGCUGUUCAGCAAAAGCAGGUUGGCUCCUUGAUCGGACAGGGCGGUGCCGCUCUCGACGAGCUGCGCCAGCUGACCGGUGCCCGCAUCGAUGUUCCUGCCGACCGUGAUACCGACACGGUUGAAAUUUCGAUCAAGGGUACUGCCUCACAGGUCGCGAAAGCCAAGAAGGCACUCGAGGAGAAGCGGGCCGUUUUCGACGACACCGUUGUCAAGACAAUCGAUGUUGAGAAGAAGCAUCAUCGCGCUCUAAUCGGAGCUAGUGGCUCUGCUCUGCGCGAGAUUGUCGUUGGCGCCGGUGGAUCUGACGAUCGCCGUUCUCUAGCCCGAGCCAUCCAGUUCCCAAAGCAGGAGGCUGAUGGUAACACUAUCAAGGUUGAAGGCCGCACUGAUGUCGUCGACAAGAUCAUCAAGCGCAUCCAAGAAAUCGUGGCCGAGCGUGAAAGCCAGGUCACCGAUGUUAUUGAUGUGCCCAUCGAUCAGCACCGAACUCUGAUUGGCCGUGGUGGUGAAGCCAAGCGCCAGCUGGAGACAAAGCUCGGCGUCAGCAUCGAUGUCCCUCGGCAAGGCGACGGCAAGACUGGCGUCAAGAUCUCAGGACUUGCCGAGAACGUGUCCAAGGCCAAGGAACACAUUGCUAGCCUCCUCAAGUCGCAAGAAGGCGAGACCAUCCAGGUCCCCCGCAACGUGCACCACACCAUCUCCAACAGUGGCCAGUUUUUCCGUCAGCUUCGCAACAACCACCAGGUCACUGUUGACCAUGCUGGUGAGAAGCUGCCCAGCAAGCCUGAAUCGGGAGCCCGCGUGACUGGCGGAACUCUACCUUUGAUCACUGACGACGCCAAUUCUACGACGGACGCCCACUCCUGGCGCAUCGUUAAGACUUCCAGCGGCGAAGCUGGUGACAUCCCUUGGGUGCUCCGUGGCAAAACCGAAAACAUUGCCAAGGCCAAGGAGCUGAUUGAGAAGGCACUGGCCCAAGCUAAGAAGCAGGAUGCCACCGGCUACCUGGUGCUCCCUGACCCCAAGACGUACCGAUUUGUCAUUGGCCAGGGCGGUUCCAAGGUCAACUCGAUCCGCCAGCAAAGCAACUGCAAGAUUCAGGUGCCCCGCGACCAGGCCAAGGACGAGGCCAUUGAGAUUAUUGGAACUGAGGAAGGUGUUGAGAAGGCCAAGGAGCUGAUCCUCGCUGCCAUUAAGGAGGGCCAGAGCAACAGAGACUAG